AUGCCACCGCCACCCCCUCCUCCUCCACCGCCACCACCUCCAGUACUUGGUGGUAAUUUACCUCCUGGUCCACCAGCGGUGAUGCCAAUGGGUAGAGACGCAUUAUUAGGAGACAUCAGAAAAGGAGCUAGAUUAAAGAAAGCUGUCACUGUUGAUAAAUCAAAACCCAUGCUUGAAAGUAAACCUGGAGCUAUUUCAGCUGGUCCACUGCAUAAUUCAUCUUCAAGCAGCAGUUCUGCCCCUCCAAUUCCUACAGGUGCUCCACAAUUAGGUGAUAUAUUUGCCGGAGGAAUUCCAAAACUAAAGCACAGGGACAACAGAUCUUCAAUUGUCCCUCCUUCAGCUCCAAAGAUUCCCAUGCAAACAAAUCCAAGCAGUAGUCGAGAUAAUGGAAUACCUAAUAUCCCCAACUCUAGGCCCGCAAAAAGAAAUAGUUUAACUUCAGCACCUCCACAACCUCCUGCUCCUUCAAUCCCACCACCAUUGCCAUUUUCUGCACCACCUAUUCCAGGAUCAUUACCACAAUCUAUACCAAAGCUACCACCAAGUAGACCAAGAAAAUCUUCACAUAUGAAAUCCAGUUCCAUAAAUUCUACAAAUUCAUUUGAAGCACCAGCAGCACCAUCUGCUCCUCCUCCUCCUCCUUUACCAGCAGGACCACCACCAAUACCAACUGGAUUUCCUCCAAGCUUGCCAAAUGCAUCUGUUCCACCGCCUCCACCACCUCCACCAGCAUUAUUUGCUCCUCCUGCUCCAUCGGCUCCUCCACCACCACCGAUGCCACCAAUUUUGUCCGGUGGUCCAUCAAUACCUAAGCCUUCAUCUUCUAAUCAGUCGCAGAACUCUUUACCUGCUGCACCUCUAGGGCAACUUCCAUUCUUGGCUGAAAUAAAUGCCAAAAGAGAUAAUAAAAAUGUGGUAGAUUCUAUUCCACAAUCCAAGACCCCAAGUCACUCAGCUCCCCUGGUACCUUCGUCAUUCCCACCGCCUCCACCACUGAUUCCUAGAAGCUUGCCACCAUCUAUUCCAACUAUACCUCCACCAAAAGAUUCUACGAGUCUUCCACCAGCUCCUCCACCAGCUCCCCCUCCACCACCAGCAUUUGCACCAUCAGCGCCUGCUCCUCCUCCUCCUGCACCUCCACCACCGUCUUUUGCUCCACCUGCUCCAGCAGCUCCUCCACCUCCACCCUCAUUUGCUUCUACAGCCCCUUCAAAGAGUACUUCAUCUCCAAGUCCUGCAGCUGGAGGUUUACCUUUCCUUGCGCAGAUAAAUGCUAAAAGAAGUGAUAGUUUCGUUGUUGAAGGAUCUAAUGGUCAUUCUACAAGUGGUUCUAGUACGAAGACUAAUUCAGCACCACAAGUACCGCAUAUCCUUCCACCUAAAAGAGAAACUUCGUUUAAUCCACCAAUUCCAUCAGCCCCACCACCUAUUCCGGCAAUUUCCAAUUCAUAUUCCAGUCAACCACCACCUCCACCAAGUGUCUUAUCUCUUCCACCGCCUCCUCCUCCAGCACCGCCUUCUUCGCUUCCACCGCCUCCAACUGCCACUGCUCCUCACAUCCCAAGCUCUCCAGCACCACCGCCUCCCCCACCACCACCAUCUUCUUCAUCUUCUAUAAAGAGGCCACCACCCCCACCAGCUCCUCCUUCAAGUUCCUCUUCAGGAAGUCGUGUUUCUAGUUUAGAUCACCAGCAAAAUGCAGGACAAUCAUUAAGAAAAAUUUCAGCAAGUGCAUAUACUAUAUCAUCCUCUCAACAGAGAAAUGGAAAUCAAAAUGGUGAAACUAGUAAAAAGAUCGUCAUCGAAGACUCAAGAUUCAAGUUUGUGAAUGCUGAUGCCUUACCUAACCCAAGAAAAUUUGGUGAAAAAGGAAACGCCUCCAAGUUAUAUCCAAGUGGAAGAGGUUCAUCUGUGCCGUUAGAUUUAAGUGCUUUCAGCUAA